CGCGCUGCCUUCUGGGACUUGCAGUUGUUGCGCGCGCACUUCCACCGUCCACCGGAAGCGCCGCCAUUGCCCCGCGAACUCAGGACACCCUGAAACCCGGGACCGGCGCGGAGGCUGGGCUGGCCGCCUACCGCGGAGGCGCUCGGUGCCGCAGGUGGUAGCCCAGAGUCUCCCGGGCGAGCGAGGCUUGCUUUCCCCCGGAGGCCGCCCCCGCCUCAGAGCUUGGACACGUUUUCUUCCACCGCCCAGGUCCAUCCCUAGACUCAGAUCUGGGCAGGCUGGCCCAUUCCACAUCUGGAAAGCUGGCUUGGUUGCCACAGAGGACCUCAGAGCCUUGGACUUUUUAAGCUUCUUCAGGUAUGAGGAGGAGAUGGAAGCACAUUCUCACGCGGUCCCAUCCCAGCCAGCUGUGAGCUUCAAGGACGUGGCUGUGACCUUCACGCAGGAGGAGUGGGUACAACUGGAUCUGGCCCAGAGGAGACUAUACCGCACCGUGACUCUGGAGACCUGCAGCCACCUGGUCUCUCUGGGGCUUCUGCUUUCCAAACCGGAUGUGAUCAGCUGGCUGGAGCAAGGACAAGACCCAUGGAGGGCAGAACAGGGACCUCCCCAAGAUUGGAAGAAUAUAUUUGAAAAGAAAGAGUCAGCUUCCAAAGAAGAUUUUGCUGUGGAAGCCAUUCCACACAUAGAAAUGAAACACUGCCUACAGGAGGAGGGCCCCUGGUUGGUGUCAUUAGGAGAAAGGCAGGAUUGGAAGAACCAGCUAAGGGAGCACCAGGAGGACUCUUGGAAUCAAAUGGUAUUUACAACAGAGACACUGUUUGCUCAAGGGGACCAUUGUGAGCAUGACCUUGGGGGAAGUUACUUGAGUGUAAGCCUUCUACCUCCAACAUUACUCACAAGAACACAUUUCCGUACCCUUGACUCACAGGUUAAAAAGUUGAAACAGAAUUCAGUUUUCAUGAAUCAUGAGAAAGGCCAGGCUGAUCGGAAGCCUUAUGAAAAUCACCAAAGUGCUGGAGCCUUCUGUCAGAGCAUUUAUUUGAAUAAACUUGGAAAUGUUGAAAUGAGAAAUAAAAAAUUUUGUGAAUAUAUUGUCACUAGUGACUCUUUGAGCUACGGUACCUCCCUGCAAUUUCAUAAUAGACUUUUCUCAGCAGAGAACAAAAAUAACUGUCCAGACUAUGGAAACAUUAUCAAUCAUAGCAAGACUCGGAAUGAACACAAGCCGAUGCAUCUUAGAGAAUGUCAGUAUGAGUGUGAUGACUGCCUCAUACGAACCAAAAUAAGUGAUUGUAGAGAAGCACCAUUUAGGUGUGGGGAGGAGCAUAAUGCCUUCCACGCAGCCUCAUCUUUUACUGACAGUGACAUCAUUCAGACUAGAAAGAGGCCACAUGCAUGUAGUCAGUGUGGAAAAUCUUUCAGCUGUUGUUCUAAGCUUGUUGUACACCAGAGAACACACACUGGAGAAAAGCCCUAUGAGUGUACUCAGUGUGGCAAGUCUUUCAGCCAGAGCUAUGACCUUGUCGUACAUCAGAGAACACACACUGGAGAAAAGCCCUAUGAAUGUAACCAGUGUGGGAAAUCCUUCACCCAGAGUUCCAAACUUAUUAGGCAUCAGCGAACUCACACUGGAGAAAAACCAUAUAAAUGUCACGAAUGUGGAAAAUCUUUCAGGUGGAACUCUAACCUUAUUGUACAUCAAAGAAUUCAUACUGGAGAGAAGCCUUAUGAGUGUACUCAUUGUGGAAAGUCCUUCAGUCAAAGCUCGGACUUUGUUGCACAUAAAAGAACUCACACUGGAGAGAAACCCUUUGAAUGUAACCAGUGUGGAAAGUCCUUCAUUCGAAGCACUCAACUUACUAGGCAUCUGCGAAUUCACACUGGAGAGAAGCCAUAUAAAUGCAAUCAGUGUGAUAAAGCUUUCAGUGGGAGCUCUCACCUUAUUGAGCAUCAGAGAACUCAUACUGGAGAAAAACCUUUUGAAUGUAAUCAGUGUGGGAAAGCCUUUACUGGGAGCUCUCACCUUCUUUCCCAUCAGAGAAUUCAUUCUGGAGAGAAACCAUAUGAAUGUAAUAACUGUGGGAAAUCUUUUCAGCAGCGAUCACAGCUUGUUGUGCAUCAGCGCACCCAUACUGGAGAGAAACCUUACAAGUGCAGUCAUUGUGAAAGAGCUUUCAGCCAGAGGUCUCCCCUCAUUGUGCAUCAAAGAACACACAUUGGAGACAAGCCCUAUCGGUGUAACAUGUGUGUGAAAGCCUUCAGUCAGAGGUCAUGCCUUAUUGAACAUGAGAGAACACAUACUGGAGAAAAACCCUAUGAAUGUAUUGACUGUGGGAAAGCCUUUAAUGAUCGGUCAACCCUUACGAAACACGAGAGAACACACACUGGCGAGAAACCUUAUGCAUGUAAUCAUUGUGAAAAGGCCUUUAGUCAGCAAUGUCAACUUACUAGGCAUCGGAGAAUUCAUACUGGAGAAAAACCCUAUGAAUGUAAUGAAUGUGGGAAGGUUUUCAGUUAUAAUACAUCCCUUAUUCAACAUAAAAAAACUCAUGGGAGAGAAGCUGAAUAAUCAAGAUGGAGACACUCACUGCCAAAUCUUUAUUAGACAUUAAGUAACAAAGGUGUGACACUCAGUGUGGUCUAAUGACCAUGGAUUUCCUUGGAGUGUUCAUUGAAACCGCACAUUUCCAAGCUUACCUUGAUCUACUAAAUCAGAAUCUCUGGUGGCAAAACCCAGGAGCCUGCAAUUCCUAAAAGCAGCACAAGUAAUUUGUAUGUACACUAACAUGCGUUUAUGUCUGCAUUUAGAUGAGAAGCUGUGAACAUAACACUGAUUUGAAACUUUUGUCAGAGCUCUUAGCAGGAGUUAGGGAAUUCAGUAUGUAGCUAUACCCAUCAAAUAAUCUUUUCAGUGUAAGCAACCACCCAUACUUAAUCAGACAUUGUCCCUGUGACACAUUCCUAGAGACAAUGGACUGGAAGAUACUCUCUUUUUUCUUUUAUUUUUUGGACUGGAAGAUAUUCUUAAUGAGAAGCCCCAAACAAUCUAAGAAGAAAUCUUUGCAUGAUGACGUUGGCAUUGAGUGAUGAAAUAUGAAGCUGGCCAAUGUAAACCAGCAGUUAACAAACUGGAGGACUGAGGUUGGAAAGUCUUCUGAAAUAGUUCUUAUUGGAAUUAAAAGUAGACUCUAUAUCAAGAACUCCAUUGUGCUCUAAUUUAACUUUGUUGUUCAGGUUGACUAUAAUCAGAGCUCACUGUAUAGCAAUAUAGAAAAUCAGGUGAAGUGAAAACAGGACCCAAAGUAGUAUAUACACAAAAUAUUACAACCACAUGAAAACAUGCACACGGAUGGUUAAGAAGGUCAGCUCAACAGCACGUUCAAAACAAAGGCUGAAGUGUGAAUCAACAAUGGUGAAGAAAGUGGGAGAGGCCGUAACUGCAAAUUUGAGCAAGGUGACAGCAGGUGUGAGAGCAUCACCUGGAGAUGCAGAGUGGAAAGGCUGAAGCCAGGAUCAUGUGAGGAGAGGGCUGCAGCAGUAGAGGCCACAGCCCCCAAGCAGAGCUGUACACCAAGAGGUGGGGGAGAAAAACAGGGUUAUGUGAAGAUCUGUGAAACUCCACAUUUUCUCUCCUUUCUCCCCUACUUUUCUUGUCUUACAGUGACUGUCCGGUGUGGGUAAGCAGAAAAUAAAGUAGGAAGGAAGUUACAUACUAAAAAUGGUCUGGGGAACUAGGAAAUUUGGUGGAUUAUGUUUCAAAACAAGGGCUGCAUUGUUUGGGCAUCAUGAGAACCUUCACCCAAACAGCUGGUUCUUGCACUUUUCACCCUCCAGCAAAGCAUGCCAUUAAACUGGUCUCACCCACCUCUUUGAACUUCCCAUCUUUGAUAGCCUUUUCAAUAUGGAUGGGAACCAAGGUGUGAAAGAUGAAGAAAGCCUUCAACUUGAAAG